UUUCAGUUCCAGCCCUAGCCCGCCAAAAUAUUGAUCUUUCCUUCUCCUUAGUCUGCUGCAGCAUUUCAAUUCACAUUCUAAAAAUAGAAACAUCAGCAGAAUCAAGGCUAUUUAUAUUAAAUGUUACGUUAUGGGGUCUGAUUCAUCGGCAGGGUGGCCGACCACCUUAUUGCCGACAAACUUGGCAACUUCCCAACCAAUUCACCGCUCUCGGUCAAGCGCUCACAUCAUCCAUCAUUUAUCUAUCUAACUCUUAACAUAUUUGGUUUCUGAUCUGGCCUGUUGGCCGGUGAAAUGAAGAUGUUGAGUUUUGUAUCUUGCCCAUGGUUGGAACUUGGAAUUGAUUGUGGCGGUGGCGGAACAUUGGGUGUGAUGGGAAGCAUUUGUAAUUAGGAAAUGCACCCAGACCCCAGUUGACUAUCUUGGUUGUGAAAUUAAAAAUAAAUUUGCGAACAAAAAUAGGUGCAUAUUUACCCAAAAGAGGGGCAAAUUGUCAGUUCAAAACUACAUCAUUACUAAGUCAUGAUUGAGCAAUUAGCAUCCACACGAAGUUGGAAUCGUCGAAGAUUACAACUGGGUGUCUAAAGUGCAAAUAUGGUAACAACGGGGGAAUAACCAAAAUCAGCAAGUGUUUGGCUAAAAAGCCACAGUGAUUUCCAUUAAAAUUUCUCAGGUAAAUUGGUGACAUGAUUGUCUGUAACUGAAAUUGGUUUGGUAUAUUUAAAGGUUCUACUAUGAAAUAAUAGCAAGAGAUCACUCAAGAGAUCUUGUAUCAAUGAUGAAAAUGAGGUAACGAUUCUUGUCAUAUGAACAUAUAAAACAUCAACGAAAGGAGGCAUACUGAAAGCAUAGUGGAAGAUAAGUUGAACAGAAUGAGAACCAACUGUAAAUUUGUCAUUGUUGAAAAUUAAGAGGCAUAUUAGCACAAAGUUACUAACUGGGCAUUGAUAAAGAACAAUUAGUCUAGGCACGUACCAAUGGAGUUUUGAGAAUAAUGAAACAUCUUUGUUGGUGAUAUAGCAAAGGAGCUUUGUGUUUCACCAAUGUCGAAGCGGUGGGAACUGGGAAGACACUACAAAGCAUGUUUGGAGUAGGAAACCAUGCAUAGUCCUUUUUGUUAAUGAGAAAUUGCAGGCUAUGUCAACAAUCCAACAAAGAAAUAGACACACGCCUUAAGAGUUCUUUUUCAAGUAGAUGAUAGAACUUUUGACAAACAAUCCAACAAAGAAACAAAGAAAUAGAUUCAGCAAACUUUUUUUUUAAGUGAUAGAUUCAGCCUGCUUAAUUUGAGAAAAUCUUCGGUACACCCGGCGCAUAGCCUACGUGGUGCACCCGCUCCAAUGAUUAAAUUACACGUUUUUUCUGUUAUUAUGAAAUUAAACCCUUAUUUCUUAUAGCAAUUAAUUCCGGCGUCGAUUCCAAUCUCGGGAAAUGAAUUCCCAGGCAAUAAUCACCUCUCCCACGAACAGAUUACUCAAUCUUUUUUUACUCAAUCUUUAGGUUACUCAAUCUUUAGCAUUAGCAUUACGUCGAAACAAUCGCACAUCGGCGAAGGCAAGUCGCCAGAGACAGAGAGCGAUGAUCGAAACAAUCGCCAGAAAGCGCCAAAGAGGCAAACGCACGUCGCCAGAAAACAGUGAUCGAGACAAUCUUACAACGGCGAUACGGUGUGGAAGCAAACAACAAAGCGGAUGUGGGGGAUUUGGCGGAUGGAAGACGGGGAAGGGUUCAUGAGUUUCUGGGUUUUGGGUUUUUCAACCGAGGUGGUCGCCGAACAAAGCUGGAGGAUUACAAUCGUCGGGGCAGAGUCGAGGUCGGCGGCGCUGCUAGUGGUGGGGUGCGAUCCCGGUCCCAAUCCCGGCUGCUACUUUCUCCUACACCCAAUAAAAGGAUUAUUGUUCUUUUAAUUAGCUAUAAAUUCGGAAUAUACAUAAUUGACUUAAAACGUGGCAUGUUUUAAUUGGGGCGGUGCAAUACACCCGUCCCAUUGAAGAUUUUCUCACUUAAUUUCGUACAACUUGAAAGCCAGAUCGAACUAGAUAAUUAUCUAAACCAAAUAAAAAAAAUCGAAACCAUAUAGCAUAAAUGACUAAAAGCUUUAAGGAUAAAAUGUCCCAAACUCCAAAGCGUUAUAUAAUGCAAGUAAAAUAGCUUAUACUGACAAUUCAAUUGUAAAUGACUUUAUAGGGUCAUAUACUGGAAGGCUCAAACUAAUCGAUUCGAAGUGUGGGAAUAGAGCUAGUAAUAAGGAAACACAUGAAUGAAAAACAUUGAAAUUGAUCAGAUCACACAUGAUAUAAUGGUCACCUUCUAGAGCAGAACGACUUAAAGUGAGACAAACAGCUAAUAAAGCAGUAGGGAGGAGAGGACAUAAAUGCAACGACUAACUCACCCGGGCUAAGCAUCAACCCCCAUAAAUUUGUAAGGCUUCAUUCGUUGGAGUGAUAAACAUAUAUCAGCCGAAAGUGCAGGCCUGAAAGAGGACAUAUGGAUCAUAGACCCCUACUCUCGAAUCAGACAUACAAACAUUGCAUAUUGAAAGUAGGCUAAUGUAUCUGAAAAUGUAGAAUUGAUUAGUUUCCCCCACCAAAUUACUCUACAUUUAGAAAAUAUGCUAAUUGUUUAAACCACUAACAAAAACUCAACCAAAAGAAGCGGUUCAUGCAUUGAAGCCAUAUCAUGGCAAGAAAAGCAAAACCUGAUUUUGAGAACUAAAACCCACAAUCAAGAAUUGGAGGACCAUGACAGGAAAUAGAAAGAAAUAAAGCCAACCCAUAAAGAGGAGACUUCAAUAUCUCGGAAGCCAAGGAUCAACUUUGAUAGCAGGGUGGAAGAUAUAAUCGAAACCUGAGCUGAGCAGCAUCUGGUGCAUUGCCAUAAGCCAUCCUGCAAAUUUGUGCAUUUGAUAGCAGCAAGUCAAUUAUCAAAAAAUUGCCAAGAGAUUCCACUAAAUUAAGGUGAGUAACUCCAAAGAGAGAACAAAGGAAUCAAGAAAUAAUUAAACAAAACAUUGAGGUAUAACCAACCAAAACAAUAGCUUAUAAAAAAAGGUCAAAAUCCGCAAACCUCCCUCAUCAUUGCCUAUCCGCCAUCGAAAUAGACCAUUAAGACGGGUGUACCAUAAUCAUAUGUGUGCGGAACCAUCCCUGUCUAGGCUAGCAUGAUCCUCACAUGACCUGGAAUUAAAAUAUAUACGAUGCAAAAAAUGAAACAACACAAAUACAUGUGUCAAUUCUUGAUAAUGGUUAAUGCGAGCAGCGACUAAAUGAUCAAUCCUGUUGUCUGGCCAAGCAGCGAGAAUGUCUAAGCCAUGAGCUAGAAAAUCGAGCUUUACGAUUUUAGGGCAUUCGGGAUUUGGGCCUCUUGUCGAGAAGGAAGCUACAACGGGGUAUCAUUCCCCAAUUCUUCCAUACAAUACUCGAUUCCACAACCCACUUACCCAAACAUCCAUUUACAAAAUGAACACCCAAAAUCCAACAACUACACAACAAGGUAUCAAUUCCGCAAACCAAUUACCCAAACUUCCAUUUACAAAAUAACGACCCAAACGCCAAUAACGACACAACAAUGUAAUUUGCACAUGCGGAGAAAAGAAUAACAAUCCUGUAUAUACGAAUCCAAAAUAGGAUCCCAUGGAGAUAACAUUACCAAUUGAAAUACCAUAUUUGGAGGGGGUGACUCUAGUCCUCGUUCAUACAUCUUAUCCCACACCUCUAUUUCAUACAUCUUAUCCCAAUAAACAAAUAUGAACCAUGGAUGUCUUCAAUCAGAGAGAACUUAAGAACAUAAUAUCACACCCUUGAACACAGUGAAACGAAGCAGUAUCCAACAAUUGUAAUAUGUCAUAAGAAACAGGAGGGAUACUA